AUGGCACCUCUCAAAUGGUCUCCCACAGCUCUGCCCGCCCUGCAAGGGAGGACUUAUGUUGUCACGGGGGGAAAUACAGGCAUCGGUUAUUGGACCGUGUACCAUCUUGCAUUGCGUGGUGCAACCGUUUAUCUAACCUCUCGUUCGGAGACGAAAGGCAUUCAGGCGGUCGAAGAGAUCAAGUCAGCGAUUUCCAGAGCGGAUGAAGCAUUUCAACCACAUCUGCAUAUCCUUGUGAUGGACCUGAUGUCUUUGGCAUCAGUUUAUGCAGCAGCUAAGAAGGUGCGCUCGGAGUGCUCCCAGCUGCAUGGAUUGGUCAACUCCGCAGGUAUCAUGGCCACUCCCUACCUUUUGAGCGACGACGGGUACGAAUCUCAAUUUCAAACGAAUUAUCUCUCGCAUUGGCUGUUGACCUAUCAUCUUCUUCCAUUGCUCGAGACCACUGCCCAAAUGACUCCCGAGGGCACCGUUCGCAUAGUCAAUGUUAGUUCGAUGGGUCACGCCGCCACACUCAAGGAAGGCAUCACAUUUGAAGACACCGGCUUAAAAGGAAAAUUCACGUUUCGCAGAUACGCACAAAGUAAGCUUGGGAACAUCCUGCAUGCACGAUCUCUACACGAGCGAGCUAGUCUCCCGAACAAUGACCGCAAAGUUUGGUCGAUCUCUCUGCACCCCGGCAAUGUCGAUACACAGCUUAAUGUCAAAACACUAGGAGGAUCGACACUCACGCCCAUAUUGAGGUGUUUGGGCACCUACAUCAGUCCAGAACAGGGUAGUUACAACUCAUUGUGGGCACUUGCUGGGACAGAUCUGCGUGUGGAACACUCGGGGAAGUAUUUCGUUCCCGUUGCAGUGGAGAAGAAGCCAAGUAAACAGGCUUUAGAUGAGAGGCUGGCGACAAAACUGUGGGAAUGGACUGAGAGCGAGAUGGAGAGAAAAGGGGUGCUAGCGAGAAUAUGA